AACUGAUUAAUAAUUAUGUUUUUAAGAUCUUUCAUGAUUUGUCUAAUGGCUAUGUGGGCGAUCCUGCAGUGUGGAGCAGCCAAAGAAUAUCAAUUUAUACCCGCUCGCUGUGUGGAUCAUCCUGGUGUGGAGCAACAAAUCGGUGGUCCUUUGAGCCUGUGCAGUUUUCCGCCAAAAUAUCAAACAGCCGAUGCCGAGGAUAUACAGGCUGUAAUUAAGCAUAUUAAAAGCUUAAAUUUAAAUUGAUUGGGUUUGGAGAAUAUUACAUUUUAUUUUUGCAUAGUAAACGAGCAAAUAAAAUUAGCUAUAACAUUA